UUUUCUUUUAUAAUGUUCCAGCUAUACUCUUCACAAUUUCAGGGCUCAACCUCAAUCUUGAAGGUCUCCCCUCCUGAUUUCUUCCCAAACAUUUGAGCCCGUUUUGUUUCUUUUAUCAGAUUGUUAGCACAGCACACAAGAUCAACUUUGAUUUUAUAGUUUGUUAGCAAUGGCUUCUCCCCCAGAUACAAGCAAGACCUUAAAGCUUGAGAGGUACAACAGCUACCUUCGCAAGAUUCAAAAUACUAAAGUCCUUAAUGCCUCCUCUAAGCUCCUCUUUCGUGCCACUCUCCUUAUUGCUCUUGUUCUUGUUCUUUUCUUCACCAUCAAUUGUCCUCCUCUUUCUGAUCAUAAUAAUCCUCAUCAUCUCCACCACCACAACUUCCUCUCCACUGCUAUCUUCGCUUCUUCUUCCUCCGCUGUCGGUGGCGCUGCCUGGGAGAAACAAGUCCGUCACUCCUCCACCCCUCGCAGGCCCAAUGGGUUGUCUGUAUUGGUCACUGGCGCUGCUGGGUUUGUUGGAUCGCACUGCUCGCUUGCUUUGAAAAAGAGAGGAGAUGGGGUUCUUGGGUUGGACAAUUUCAAUACCUAUUACGACCCAUCAUUGAAAAGGGCCAGACAGAAACUUCUGCUCAAACACCAAGUGUUUAUAGUUGAAGGAGACCUUAAUGAUGCACCAUUGUUAGCCAAGCUCUUCGACGUGAUGCCCUUUACUCAUAUCCUGCAUCUGGCAGCCCAAGCUGGGGUUCGCUACGCCAUGCAAAACCCACAAUCCUACGUUAGCUCUAACAUUGCAGGCUUCGUCAAUCUUCUCGAGGUUGCUAAAGCUGCAAAUCCACAACCAGCCAUUGUCUGGGCUUCUUCUAGCUCCGUUUAUGGUCUCAACACUGAAGUCCCCUUCUCUGAAAACCACAGAACAGAUCAACCUGCGAGUCUUUAUGCAGCUACCAAGAAAGCAGGAGAAGAAAUUGCCCAUACUUACAACCAUAUCUACGGGAUUUCCCUAACUGGGUUAAGAUUCUUUACAGUUUAUGGUCCCUGGGGAAGACCUGACAUGGCUUACUUUUUCUUUACAAAGGAUAUUUUACAAGGUAAACCCAUAGAUAUCUACCAGGCACAAGAUGAGAAACAGGUGGCGCGUGACUUUACAUACAUUGACGAUGUGGUGAAAGGGUGUAUAGGGGCGUUGGACACGGCGGAGAAGAGCACAGGUAGCGGCGGAAAGAAGAAAGGUCCAGCUCAGCUAAGGGUAUACAAUCUUGGAAACACAUCCCCUGUUCCAGUAGGGAAAUUGGUGUCAAUUUUGGAGUCUUUAUUGAACAUAAAAGCCAAGAAGCAUGUGAUUAAGAUGCCAAGAAAUGGGGAUGUGCCCUAUACACACGCCAAUGUGAGCUUGGCUUACAGGGAUUUCGGGUACAAGCCAACCACAGAUUUGAGCACAGGGUUGAGGAAAUUUGUCAAGUGGUAUGCCAGCUAUUAUGGGAUUCAGACAAAGGUAAAAAAGGGAAAAGAAGUCAACAGUGAGCAUAACGAGGAUUGAAAGGUUGAGACAAAUUCAUCUUCAUCUCUAUCCUCCACUCAUCCAUCAUCAUCAUCAUGCAUAAUAGAGGUUACAGUUUGAUACAGAAGAGAAGAUAAAUGUGAAUCAAGAAAUUAAAGAAAAAGAAAGAAAGAAGGAAGUAGAGGGACAAGUUGUGUAGAUCUGUGAAGUUGGGAUGUAAUAAUAAAUUUGGUGGGCUCUGCUACAAAGGUUGCAGAUCUCAACCAUUUGGAUUCAUAUUUGAAAGAAAAUUUUAUAAUUGAGCAGCCACAA